CCGAGUCCCUCUGGCCUGUGUCCGGCCAUUAUCACCUCUAUCAUAUCUUCAGCUACGACCUAUACCGCAGCAUGACCGAAGCCAGCAACCCUCCGGUUGAGGACCCUCACGUCCCCGACACCGACACCUCCCCCGCCCCUUCGGAGAGCGCCAACAACCCCGACCAGCUCCAACUAACCAUCCACCACCGCAACAAACCUCACACGCUCACCCUCCCCUCGACCGCGACCCUACACGACCUGACCCUCGCCCUCGAAACCACGCUCAACAUCCCUACCCACCACCAGAAACUCCUUAUCACCCCCCCAUCCGCCUCCCUCCCCGGCACUCUCAAACCCCCGCUCCCACCCUCCCACGCCACCCUUUCACUAUCCACCACCCUCCCGCUCACCUCCCCGCGCUUCAAACUCACCAUCUUCGGCACCCCCAGCGCCGACAUCCAAACUCUGAACGCGCAAGGCGCCACGCAGUCCGCGCGCGAGCAGCGCCGCCGCACCACCCACGCCCAAUACGCCGCCACCGCCACGCCCGCGUCCGUCGCAUCCUCCCUCUCCCGCAUCCACACUCUCUCCUCCCCCUCCGGCACCCCAGACGCACAAUACACCUUCCACCGACUCCUCCCCCUCCCGCACCUCCCCAACCCCGCCCGCAGCCUGGACUUCCUGACCCGGCUCCGCGACGACCCGGGCAUCCGGUCCGCGAUGCGCAUUCACAAGUUCUCCGUCCCGCUGCUGACGGAGAUGGACCCCAUCGAGCACACCACCUCCCACUCGCGGACGCUGGGGUUGAAUCGGAACAAGGGCGAGGUGAUUGAGUUGCGCCUGCGGACGGAUGCGUACGACGGCUAUCGGGAUUAUCGCACCAUCCGAAAAACCCUGUGUCAUGAGUUGGCGCAUUGUGUGCAUAGUGAUCAUGAUCGGUUGUUUUGGGAGUUGACCAGUAGGAUUGAAAAGGAGGUCGAGAGGGGGGAUUAUACGAGGAGUGGGAGGGUGCUUGGGGCUGGUGCUGGUGCCGGCGUCGGGAUGGAUGAGUUCUAUAAUCCGGGGGAGUGGGAGGAGACGCUUAGGGAGGGGGAGUAUGAGAGAGGUUUUGGCUAG